UGUGACAAAUAAUUUAUUUAAAAGAACUUUAUCUAAUUUAAGAAUUAGGAAAGAGUAUCCAUUUAGUAAAAUAUUAAUGUCACAAGAGAAGCAGCAGAGGGAUAUUGUAUCUGAUAAUAUCCAAUCUACGAAUAAAACUACACAUUUAGAAAGAACGAAUAAUUUGAAAAGACAAAAGUCAAGGAUUCCAACAAAAAUUAUAGAAAUUACACAAGAGACGCCAACGGUCAAAACAUUUAAAUUUAAUCCAACAAGUUCGUCAUCAGAAUUUUCUUUUUUACCAGGUCAAUGGUUAGAUGUAUUUAUUCCAAAUGUAUCAAUAGUAGGAGGAUUUUCAUUAACAUCAACACCACAAUCAUAUAAGGAAACUAAUACAUUUGAAUUAGCGAUUAAAUAUUCAAAUCAUCCUCCCGCAAAGUGGUUUCAUGAACAGGCAAAUAUAGGAGAUGAAAUUAGUGUUAGAGUAGGUGGUGAAUUUGUGUGGGAUUCAUUAAAAGAAAAGCAAGAACAAACCGAACAUGUAAUAUUUAUCGCUGGUGGUGUUGGAAUUAAUCCUUUAAUUAGUAUGUUAGAAUCAAUUUGUCAAGAUAAAUUAUUGGAUAAAAAAAAAUCAUUUAUUGAGAAAAUUAGAUUAUUUUACAGCGUAAGAACUUUUAGUGAAUUAUUAUUCUAUAAGAGAAUUGAAGGGUUAAAUAAACAGUUCCCAGAAAUGUUAGAAUGUAGUUAUUUUUUGACUAGAGAUGAUCCUCUUCAUAAAAGUGAAUUUUAUUAUAAACAAAGGAUAGAUAAAAAAAUUAUCAAUGAUGUUAUUGAGAAAGAAGGAGAUUAUUUAGAAAAGUUAAAGUGUUUUAUUUGUGGUCCUUCUUCGAUGGAAGAUGAUAUAAUUAAAUUUUUAAAUGAAUCUGGUGUAGAUGAAGAAAGAAUUUUAUUCGAAAAGUGGUGGUAGAAUUUUUCUUAAAUUUCUAUAUCAUGUGAAUAUGCAUAGGUGCAUGAUGAUGUACAACAUAAUUAAAUUAUAUGCAUUAUAGUAUUUAU